UUCCUCUUUUCUUCUUCUUCUUCAUCAAAUCCAAUCCAAACGCCGUUCCCUCUCCCUCUCUCUUUCUCGACUCCGUCUCUGACUCUCGCUCUCUCUCCUACGUCUCAUAAAAAACCCUAGCCUCUCUACUCCCACGAAAUCGACCACACAAUGACAGGAGAGGCAGUGAACGCAAAAGCGUACCCUUUGGCCGAUGCGCAGCUGACGAUCACAAUACUCGACCUGGUUCAACAGGCAGCUAACUACAAGCAGCUUAAAAAGGGUGCCAAUGAAGCGACUAAGACCCUGAACAGGGGUAUUUCUGAGUUCGUAGUGAUGGCGUGUGACACUGAGCCGAUUGAGAUUCUUCUUCACCUUCCCCUGUUGGCUGAAGAUAAGAAUGUUCCCUACGUUUUUGUCCCUUCAAAGCAAGCACUUGGCCGAGCCUGUGGUGUCACAAGACCUGUCAUUGCGUGUUCUGUGACUUCCAAUGAGGGAAGUCAAUUGAAGUCGCAAAUACAACAGCUCAAGGAUGCCAUUGAGAAACUCCUUAUCUAAUCUAUCUUGGAAUGCAUAUUCGGUGUGAUGGGCCUCUUCGGACUGUAAUAGUGGGAGCCUUCGGAGGCGUUGACUAGGAAAUGCAUUUGUAUUAAUUUUUCUGUUUUUCUGAACUUCACUUUGAAGUAUAUUUGCAUGGAUCGUGAUUAGUGUUGCUAUUAAGUAUAAGCUUAUGUAACAACUUGCGGAUUGUGAUUGUCCUAUUUUCUGUUGCCUUUUCGUUGUUGGCUUUAAACCCUGAUCGGAAAAUCAAAUUAUGGAUAUUCUCAUGAGAGGAUAACCAUUUGCAA